AUGCCAUUAGGACCUUUUGGCGAAAUUAUGGGGACAACAGGAACCCUUGCAAGUCUUCCUCUUGAUGUUCAGAAAUACAGAUCCCAUGUGGUGGCUCCGCGCAAUCCUAAACUUGUCAGGCACAACGAACUGGACACAGUCAAGAUGACACCGAGCAGGUUUAUGUUUGAGAUGUCACUGAGCACAGAACAGAAACUUGCCAACACGCAUGUCAUGAAAGUUCCUAGAAAAAUUGAACUGCUGGAUAUGGGAGACACGUCGCUGCAGAAGUUCUCAAAAGUCCACAUUGAUGAACCCAUGUUCCAGCCAUUCCCAUCAGAGAUUUAUUUUCAAAACUUCCAGCCAUUUGAAGUCUAUGAAGUUCCACUGACUCUAAGGAACAAUGACAAG